GAUGCCCAGAUCAUUAAUUGGCUGCAUGAAUUUCGAGCUUCUGUUGUAUAUUUGACCAAAGAGCUUGAACAACUGGUCAGCAUUUUGUUGAAACUGCCAUGGUUGAGAAGAAGCCAAGAGGUGGUGGAAGAAUAUCUGGGUUUUCUUGGCAAUCUGGUGUCAGCACAGACUGUCCACCUCAGGCCCUGCCUCAGGAUGAUUGUAUCACAGUUUGUUCCCCCUCGAAUAACCAUCAGAGAAGAUGAUGUGGAUAUUUCAGAUUCUGAUGAUGAUGAUGAUGAAAACCUUUCUGCAAACUUUGAUACAUGCCACAGAGCAUUGCAAACUGUUGCAAGAUAUGUUCCUUCGACACCACAGUUUCUCAUGCCAAUACUUGUGGACUACUUUCCUUUCAUUAAUAAAUCAGAACGAACUUUGGAAUGUUAUGUUCAUAACCUGCUACGAGUUACAGUGUACCUUCCAACUCUGAGGCUUCAAAUUCUGGAGCUUAUUAUUGAAAAGCUGUUAAAGUUGGAUGUUAGCACUCCACAGCAAGAUAUUGAAGAUGCUGAAGAAACUGCUAAUACCAGUGAUGGCAGGGAAAACUCUCCAGAGGAGGGACUUUUUGAUAUGGAGGAAGAUGAGGAAGGAAAAGGAAACAAAGUUGUCUCUCCCAGCAGUGAGAGAAUGGCCCAUCCACUCGCAGAGCGCCUUAAUAUUUUGAUGACCAUCCUGUUUGCCUACAUUAAAGAUGUUUGUCACGUGGAUGGUAAGAGCACUUGCACUAUUAACCAAAUUUGA